GUCAUUAGCUAACUGAGCUAGCAUCCGGCCAUCCUCAUCCACCUUACUCCCCUCUGUCGCGCUUUCCUUCAUGUUGUAGUUCUGUAGAAAAAGAAAGAAAGAAGAAAUGGCGCUGUUAACGCCGUUAUUCGCCUUCUUGUACCACCUGCCGCAGGUUUAUAAGUGGCUGCUGAAGCCCUAUUAUAUAGCUUCUCUGUUCAUGUCUAUAGCAUUUUUAGCCGUCCGCAAAACGCCUGGCAUCUGCGACCAUUUGGCCACACAGCGAGAGGAUGGCAACUCCUGCGACUUCGACUGGAGGGAGGUAGAGAUCCUGAUGUUCCUCAGUGCUAUUGUCAUGAUGAAGAAUCGACGAGCGAUAACGGUGGAGCAGCAUGUGGGAAACAUCAUCCUGUUCAGCAAAGUGGCCAAUGUCAUCCUGUUCUUCAGACUGGACAUCAGGAUGGGACUGCUGUACCUGACUCUCUGCAUAGUGUUUCUCAUGACCUGUAAGCCUCCUCUUUACAUGGGACCUGAAUACAUCAAGUACUUCAGCGACAAAACCAUUGAUGAAGAGCUGGAAAAAGACGGCCGUGUAACGUGGAUUGUGGAGUUUUUUGCCAACUGGUCUCCAGAGUGUCAGUCCUUCGCCUCCGUCUACGCCGACCUGUCUCUUAAGUAUAACUGUGCUGGACUUAAGUUUGGCAAAGUGGACAUUGGACGUUAUGGAGAAGUCUCCAAGAAGUACAAAGUGUCAGCGUCUCCACUGUCCAAACAGCUUCCAUCCUUAGUGCUGUUCCAGGGAGGGAAGGAGGUGAUGCGACGCCCCCAAGUGGACAAGAAGGGACGAGCAGUUUCCUGGAGCUUCACUGAGGAGAACAUCAUCCGCGAGUUCAACCUAAACGAACUCUACCAGAAAUCCAAGAAGCUCAACAAAACCAAAGGGGACAAAACCAGCCUGUCCCAGUUCCCCCCGGUCCUGGAGGAGGAGGAGCCAGAGCAGGUGGGGGAGGAGACCGAAUCCAAAAAGGACAAAUAAAAACCACCUCGGCCGCUCGGACGUCUGGAUGGACGCUCCGGAUCCGGGUCGGCUCUUCCUCAUCCUCCUCUUCAGAGUUGUGGAUCAUCGAGGCCUUUCCGGGACGCAGGUUUUUCACCUUCACGUCAGUUUUUUCUGCACCUGGACUGCUCUGACAAGGAUUAAAAAUCACCACAAAAACACCAAACCUGUUCUGUAACUGUUCUGUGGCUCGACUCUGCGGUGGCCUCCAUCCGUUUCCACCGUUCAUACAUACGAACACAGCAGCGGGAAACGAAGAGCAGCAGCUUCUGGAGGAGGAGGGUCCGGUCCAUCUGGCCUGAAAUGAGCUGUGAGGACUGAGAGCGUUUGCACAACACAUUUCUGAUGGGUGGAGCUGAGGCUGUAACGACGGUUAAUUUAGAAGAAGGUACUACUAAUGGACAAGAGAGCAGAGGACGCACUGCUACUGUCAUUCUGAUUGAAUUAAUUUAUGUAACUAAUUUAAUCCAGAGUAGAUGUAGAAAUAUUUGAUUAACUGCAAAUCUAUAGCAACACUCAACAGUUUUAACAGGACUUAAAGAUUUAUUUAAAAAAAAAGUGUGAGAUAAGGGAGCGACCGUUGCAU